UAAAUGUGUUCAAUUUUUCUGCUUAUUAACAUUGUUUACAAAAUAUUAUUUUUCGUUGCUUUUUUCAAUAUACUCAUGAUAAGAAGCUUUUUAACUAUGCCUAUUCAUUUUAAAUGUCGUUCUCGAUUAUAUCCUCGGUCUUCAGUCGAAAGAUUUCCAGUUCCUGAUAAUAAAGUUGCUUGGAGCACAGAAUUUAAAGAGUACAAGCCCCCUACAUACACGUCUCCAUCAAUACAAGGCCAAGUUUGGGCAGAUCCUGAAAUAAAUGAAGUCAAUUUUAAACCAAAAUGGAAUAGCAUUGAUGGAAAUGUAAACAGAGAAAGUUAUACAGGUUCAUAUGAUGUACAAAAUGGUUACCCACUUAAUCCAGUUGGUCGCACUGGUAUGAGUGGACGAGGUGUUUUAGGUCGCUGGGGACCUAAUCAUGCAGCUGAUCCUGUUGUCACACGAUGGAAACAUAAUAAAACUGAUGUUCAAAACAAGCCCAUUCUUCAAUUUAUAGCAAUCAAACGAAGAGACACUGGAGAAUGGGCAUUACCGGGAGGCAUGGUAGAUCCUGGUGAAAAAGUUGCAGCUACUGCAAUCAGAGAAUUUCAGGAGGAAGCUUUAAAUUCUUUAGAAGCAUCUAAUGAUAUGAAAAAAUUAUGGAAAGAGAAAUUGGAACAUUUCUUUAGUGUUGGUAGUAAAAUAUAUAGCGGAUAUGUAGAUGAUCCAAGAAAUACAGAUAAUGCCUGGAUGGAAACAAUAGCUUAUAAUUUUCACGAUGAAACAGGUUCUGUAGUUAGUGCACUACAACUGCAAGCUGGAGAUGAUGCAGUUGGUGUACAAUGGGUGGAUAUAACACAAGACCUAAAUUUAUAUGCUAGCCACAAGGAUAUUGUCAAUGCAGUACUAACAAAACAUACCUCAUUUUAUUAAUGUGAUUGCAACAAUAAAAAUCAUGUCUUGAGGAA